CUCCUCCCCGCGGGGCGGGGACGGGGCUUACAGUUCCCGUGCGGGAGGAGUUACCCGCUGGGCCGGCGCAGGAUGUGAGGCGGGGAGCCGGCGUCCCGGCCCUAUAAAUUCGUGAGCCGUGGCCCGACCGUGCGGCAGUUCCUCUCUUGCCGGUCGCCGUUUGUCUUUUUAGUCGGUGGAGUUAUGUCGCCGUGCGGGCUGCUGCUGCUGCUGCUGCUUCUGGGACGGGUGACCACAGCACCCAGUGUGACCGAGUGCGGCCCGGAUGAGUAUGAGGCUGAGGGUCUCCACCUGUGCUGCAAACUCUGCCCAGCUGGGUCCUACGUCAGCGAGCACUGCACGGUGAACCACAGCAAAGGGCAGUGCAGGGAAUGUGAGCCUGGAACCUUCACUGCCCACCCCACGGGGAUGACCAGCUGCCUGCCGUGUGCCCAGUGCCGGGAGGAUCAGGAGGUGGUGACGAACUGCUCGCGGGUCAGCGACCGGCAGUGCCAGUGCCAGCAGGGCAGCUUCUACUGCGACUCCCCGGACUGCGCUGAGAAGUGUUUCCGCUGCACAAGGUGUCAAGGUUCAGUCCUUCAGCCCUGCAGUGCCACACGGGAUACAGUUUGUGCCGUAGAAACUAACCAGGAGCCAGAUGAGAGGCUGAUUCCAUUUCUUCAAGGUGGCUCGGCACACCUUUGCCACGAAGGAAACGGAAACUCGAGUGAGCCCUUCAUUGCGGUGGCGGUGGCGGUGGCGGUGGCGGUGGUGGUUGUGGUUGUCCUCUUCAUCAUCGUCAUCAUUGUCGUUUACCAGAAAAAAGGUGUCCAGAUUCGCCGGCGGGUGGUCGGUUGCUUGAAAGGUGAAUCGGAGGAGCCCGGCAGCCCUCCACCUGCACGCAGCCAGCCUGAUGACGCAUUGCUACCACUGGACCCUGAGCGGGGCCCAUCAGCCGCUGGUGUGGAAACAGACCGGGAGUUGGAGGAAGAAAGUUUGGCUUUGGCCCCCAGGGCCGGGACCUGCCCAGGGCUGUCUGAGGACCCCGAGGAAAGCAUCGAAUUGCGGGUGCCAGCAAUUCGUGUGCCUGGCGCCCAUGGGCCCAAGGGCAUGGCGGAACAGCACCGCUCCCGCAGUAGUCUGGAGCAGGAAUAUGAACAAACGUAUUUUUUGAAGGACACGUCCUGUAACACCACCAGUCAGACCUAUUAUAUCUUCGGACAGGAGGUUACACCAAGUAAAUGGAACAUGUUUAUGACGCUUAUCGGACUCGAAGGAAACGAGAUCGAGAGGUGCCGUUACGAAAAUCAAGGAAAUUUGAUUGAAGGGCACCAUAAGAUGCUCAUCACGUGGAGAAACAAGUUAGGCAGGGAAGCUUCUAUUUUUAAAUUCAUGGCUGCCCUCCAUCAAAUGCGGUUACGUACAUGUUUGGAAAAUAUUAUAAACAAAUUGAUUGCUGAAAAUAUUUUAGCUAAGCAUGCAGAGACCCCAAAUUAGAGUCCACUCCUUUGGUACAGGCGCAUGCCUUUAAGCAGUGUCGUGAAUGGGUAGGAGCUGAGCUUCCCACCCAGUGCUGGCCCCGGCAGAAACUUCCUGAAUCCUCACUGGAGCUGUGCACGUCGUCUCAAUAGAGUCUACAUAACACUUCCUGUGGGGAGGUCAGUUCCGCAUACACCCAAGAGUGCCGGUCUGCCAGGGCAGGGGAGUCCAGGCGGGCUGCCUCUGGCCAGCGUGGCAGAGGUGGGCAGGUCCUCAGUGGACUUCAAGGAGCUGUGAGCUUGUCUCCUGGAAACCACUUAUUGUGCUGGGUAGGUUCACCUUCCCUGGAACCUGUUCCCAGGCACCGAGGCCGGGAGAGUUUGGUGAUUGUCUUUCUGCAGCCACCGACUCCUUGAUCUCAGUCACUGGGAUGUCCCCAUGUGUGCAAAGCAUUCCCCCAAUCUAGCUGCCAUUGUAUCGUGACAAGGUCUGGCAAUGGAAGGAGAAUCGUGCAAGGCACUUCUCCAGGGCACAUAAUUCUUUAAGCAGAAUCUUUUGUCCUCCUUUCUAAAGCCUAUUACUGAUUAACGUCUUCCCUCAGUCCUGGAAGCCUUGUAAAAACAGGCAGAACGAGCAAUAAACAUAUCUCAAAGAACAAACAGCAGCCCCCAAGGAGGUGGGGUCUAUAGUCCGUUAAUUAUAUGCUCGCUGCCCUCCUAACUUCAUAAAGACCCUGAAACUAUGUAACCUCUUCCUAAACAAUCCAUAUGUCUGCUGCACAUCUGGAUGUAGAUAACCACCUUUGAUUAUUACCUUUAGUCACGCACUGCCCCUCAUCUAUUGUUCCCAUGACGACAAUAGUUAAACCACCUCGUGUGAUUUUUUCUAUAUAAGUGUACCCUGUCCCCAAAAUAAAUCGGACUUGCUUGCAACUGC